AUGUCACCGUCAGCGGUCGCCGUGUCGGCACCGGGCAAGGUCUUGUUCGCAGGCGGGUUCUUGGUUCUCGACAGAAAACACACCGGAGUCGUAUUCGGCCUCAACGCUCGGAUCCACGCCCGUGUCGAAGCCUGGACUGACAAACCAAGCUCGUUGACGGGGACGCAUGUUCUCGUCCAGUCACCCCAGUUCAUCGAGGCAAAAUGGCUUUACAAAGUCGACGGCUCAAAAACUCUCCAAGAAGGUGUCGCUGUCGGUGUUGAGCAAAUUGUACUGGACCAGGACGGCGAGACGUCGACCACCACCAACACGAACAAAUUUGUCGAGACGACUCUCCGCUAUGUCUUGAGCUACGUUUCGUGUCGAGGCGAGGACGAGGAUAUCACGACGAGCACCAAGAUUACUAUUCUCGCUGACGACGACUACUAUUCACAAUCGACUGCGGCGUCCAAGGCUUCGGCGGCGUCUUUUUCGAGCUUCGGCGUCAAGUUGAAGGAUGCGCACAAGACCGGGCUGGGCUCGUCUGCGGCCCUGGUCACGUCUUUGGUGGCUGCUCUAUUGGCGUUUUACCUCAAAGACAGCUGCGACGGCGCUGCGUUGCUGCCGCAAAAGGUCAUUCACAAUCUAGCUCAGGCCGCGCACUGUGCGGCACAGGGGAAAGUCGGGUCGGGGUUCGACGUCGCGGCGGCCGUGUAUGGGUCGUGUCUUUACAGAAGAUUCACGCCAGCGAUCCUGGAGACUGUCGGGGAGCCGUCCAGUCCUGGGUUCAGGGACCGAUUGCGUUUAUGUGUUGAUGAUCUCGAGCUGAACCCCAGAUGGGAUGUCGAGGUCGCUGCUCACGCUGUCAAGAUCCCCGACAGUCUCAUAUUGGUCAUGUGCGACGUCGACUGUGGCUCGGAAACGCCUGGGAUGGUGCGGAAGGUUCUGCAAUGGCGGAAAGAAAAGCCAGACGAGGCAGAUUUGCUGUGGAAUGCCAUUCAGCGGGGGAGCGAGGACCUAUGUCGGGAACUGCGGCGGCUUGCAGACGAAGCCGAGGGACUUCAAGGAAUGGAUGGGCUCAAGGGUCUCAGUGAUAUCCUUUUGACUGUUCGCAGCCUCGUGCGAGAGAUGUCGGCAAAGUCCGAGGUGCCCGUUGAGCCCCCUGUCAUCACAGAACUGCUCGACUACUGCACCUCGUUGCCCGGCGUCGUGGGAGGCGUCGCCCCUGGCGCUGGCGGGUAUGAUGCCGUCGCGCUUCUGAUCAGGAAUGAUGUCGAGGUUGUUCGUCAGCUGCGUGAAAAGCUGGAAGGCUGGAAGGGCAGGGAUGAUUCAGGUGCGACGAUAGGUCAUGUCAGGCUGCUCGGGGUCAAGCAGGCGAACGAGGGAAUGCGGCGGGAAGAUGUUGGUCAGUAUGCCGAAUGGGUGUGA